AUGAGUUCCAAGCAGCAGUUUGUCAAACUAAACGAUGGCCACUUCAUUCAUGCCCUGGGUUUUGGAACCUGUAAAUCCCAAGAGGUUCCUAAUAGCAAGUCACUGGAGGCCACCAACCUAGCUAUAGGUGUUGGGUACCGCCAUAUUGAUACUGCUUUUGCAUAUCACGUGGAAGAGGAAGUAGGGCAGGCCAUUCAAAGCAAGAUUAAAGCUGGCGUUGUAAAGAGAGAAGACAUGUUCAUCACUACAAAGCUUUGGGGUACUUGCCUUCGACCAGAACUUGUUCAACCUAGUUUGGAAAAAUCACUGGAAAGACUGCAACUGGACUAUGUUGAUCUUUACCUUAUACAUUACCCAGUACCAUUGAAGCCAGGGGAUAAUGAUUUCCCAGUAGACGAACAAGGGAAAUUAUUAUUGGACACAGUGGAUUUUUGUGCCACGUGGGAGGCAUUGGAGAAGUGUAAGGAUGCAGGAUUGGUCAAGUCUAUUGGGGUGUCCAACUUUAACCACAAGCAGUUAGAGAGAAUCCUGAAUAAGCCAGGACUUAAAUACAAGCCUGUCUGCAAUCAGGUUGAAUGUCAUCUUUAUUUAAACCAGAGUAAGCUACUGGAUUACUGCAAAUCAAAAGACAUUGUUCUGGUUGCUUAUGGUGCCCUGGGAACCCAACGAUAUAAAGAAUGGGUGGAUCAGAAUUCUCCAGUUCUCUUGAAUGAUUCAAUUCUUUGUGAUGUGGCCAAAAAGAACAAGCGAAGCCCCGCCCUGAUUGCUCUGCGAUACCUGAUUCAGCGUGGGGUUGUGCCUGUGGUCCAGAGUUUCAAAGAAAAUGAGAUAAAAGAGAAUUUGCAGGUUUUUGAAUUCCAGUUGUCUCUUGAGGAUAUGAAAACCCUAGAUGGCCUGAACAGAAAUGUUCGAUAUCUUCCAACUAAGUGUUUUGCUGACCACCCUGAAUAUCCAUAUUCUGAGGAAUAUUAACAUGGGGACCUAGUCAUGACUGCCUGAAAUUACUGUUUGUGGACAGUGAUGUUGG